AUGUCGGAGAAGGACCACGAGCUCGAUGUCGAGAACUCUCUCAAGCCGCAACCGGAUCCCAAGGCGCUGAAGAAGGCGUUGUUCAAACUCGACUGCAUCUUCCUCCCGGCCCUCACGCUCAUCUGGUUCCUGAACUUCCUUGACGCUGCUGGUCUCAUGGAGGACCUCGGUAUCAACAGCACCCAGUACUCGAUCGCGCUCACCGUCACCUACGUUCCCUACAUCGUCGCCGAACUGCCGCUCACUCUGGCCAUUCGUAAGGUUGGCCCGAACAUCCUCAUCCCCAUCCUGUGUAUCUCCUGGGGCCUCGUAACGACCUUCCAGGGCUUCAUCCACAACUAUUCCGGUCUCAUUGCUGCGCGUUUCUUCCUCGGCGCAUGCGAAGGUGCCAUCCUGCCCUCGUCCAUGACGUACCUCUCCACGUUCUACCGCCGCACCGACCUCGGCAAGCGUGUUGCGUUCUACUUCUCCGCGACCUCGCUCGCAGGCGCCUUCUCGGGUCUCCUGGCUGCGGGUUUGCUGCACAUGGACGGUCUGUCCGGCAAGCGCGGUUGGCAGUGGAUCUUCAUUAUCGAGGGCCUCUUCACCGUGGUGUGCGGCGCUGCAACCUUCAUGGCCCUGCCUCGUACUCCCGAGACUACGUGGUACCUGAACGACGACGAGAAGACUGCGCUCGUUCGUGCGCUCGACAUUGACCGUCCCAAGGCUCAGGACGAGGAGCCCCUCACAAUCCGUGCCAUCCUGUCCGCGCUCAAGGCGCCUCAGGCCUGGCUCAUGUUCCUGCAGUUCUUCUCGAGUGGCUGCAUGCUCUUCUCUAUUGCUUACUUCGCGCCAACCGUCGUCCAGGGCCUGGGAUACAAGGGCACCAAGAUUCAGCUGUACUCCGUCCCUCCGUACGCCGCGAGUGCCUUCUUCGCUCUCGCUAUGUGCUACCUCUCCGACCGCUGGGGUUACCGCGGACCUUUCAUUAUCCUGGCUGCGCUCAUCUCUUGCGCGGGCUACGCCAUGUUCCUGGGAUCGACCAACUACAACGUCCUCUACGGCGCGCUCUUCCUCCAGGUUAUCGGAACCUACACUAUCGCUCCGAUGCAGAGUACUUGGAUGCCGAACAAUCUCGCGCCCUUCUACCGUCGCGUGACCGGUAUCACUAUGGGUUUCAUUGCGACCAACUCGGGCGGUAUCCUCUCGACGUGGCUUUUCCCCGCCAAGGACGCGCACAACCACUAUCGCCGGGGCACAUCGGUGCUUCUCGGUCUUUCAGCCGCGAUUGUCCUCUGGGCGUCGCUGAACAUGUUGUAUCUGGGCCGGGAGAACCGGCGUCGCGCCCGCCUCGGAGGCAAGGACACCGGCGGCGACGACGACCUCGAGGCGGGCGACAAGUCGAUCCACUUCAGUCGUACGGCGUGCGGCGCACUUGGGAACAAUGGACGCGAAUGGAGUCUUCGAGGCACACAGACUCCGCACGAUGUGACAAGGAGCAUCUCCCCAGUCUCACACUCACGAGCUGAUGCGACUGCGAGCACACACACCAGGUGCACUGGCACGACGACUGAUGAACUCACUACCGAAACACGUUACUUAACUCUCUCAGCUCCAUCAGCGCUCACCUUCACUCUGACGAGCAGCAACAAGGUAGGUGUUCUCGGCGGCCUCAGAGCUUACCGCAGUAUGGCCCGGUACGAAGUUAAAGCACGCCGCUACACCUUGAUUCCCGACGAGCCUUUGCGCCGCCGCCUUUCAUGGCCUCCCCGCAAGAACACCAAGCCUCAGGUCUGGAACCCGACCCAGGAGACCUACGAUCAUCUCCUACUGACGAUGGAUCCGAACGUGCCCGCCGACGACCCCGGCUACGAUGCCGACAUGGAGGACAACCUCGACCGCGACCCCUUUAUGGCGUGUCUUCGCUGGCGCCGCCUCGCUCUGAAGCGCGACCCGACUCCGCCCCCCACUCCGCCUCCCGAGGAGGGAGCUUGGCGCUACAAGUCAUUCAUCUAUGGCGAGUAG